GUAAGCGCCGCUAUACAUGUGCACAGGUAGGUAAGUCGGUAUUGACCGACUUGGCAUUUGUUAGCAUCACCGCAACGGAAUCGGGCGCUGGCGUCGCACGGCGCCUCGGCGCUGUGCUUCAGUCAGCGCCCGUACGUGAGUGGAAGCUAUGUCUUUUUCUGAAAGUGCUGCAGCUUACGCGGAAUCUAAUUGAUGGAAGUGAUCUGGUUUUUUUCCUUUGAUAGAAGUGCUGCAUGACUCGGGACGGGGGCCAACGGCAGUGAUGGCUUAGCGCCCAACGGGCGUGACGUCAUGGCCAGGGUGCGGGCGCGGCCGGUUAGAGGCUGGACCUGGGCCGUGUGGUUGGCGGGACUGUGCGCUCUGGCCACGGCAGAGGUGCCUCAAACAUGUCCCUCGAGAUCAGAAAUUGCGCCGUGCACCUGCCAGGUAAAAAAGAAUGGACUCGACAUUUUGUGCGAAUUCACCGAUCAGCAGCACAUCAGCGAUGCGAUGAGCGUUUUGAAAGGCAAGCCGCUGGUCAUCUUUUAUUUAAAGCUUCGCCAUAACAAUCUGCGCAAGUUGCCCGGUUUCGUGUUUCUCGGUCUGGAUAUCCAUCAUCUUACUAUUCAUAAUAGCAGCAUGUCCGUCGUCGAAGAGGCUUCUUUGAGUUCGAUAGGAAAAAUGUUGACCCAACUAGACGUCUCACAGAACAGUUUGACCCAAGUACCGUCAGCGGCUUACAAAAACCUGCACCACCUACUGAUAUUGAAUAUGAACCAUAACAAAAUUGGAAGUCUACACUCUAAAGCCUUCCAGGGAUUGGAUACUCUUGAAAUCCUCACAUUAUAUGAGAACAAAAUUACUAAUAUUGAUGCCGACGCUUUUGUCGGCCUGGAAAAAAAGCUGAAACGCCUUAACCUGGGAGGCAAUGGAUUAACGGCUGUUCCACAAAGAUCUUUAGGUAUACUAGACAUGCUGAAGAAGCUUGAGAUGCAAGAGAACAGGAUUACUGAAAUAAAAGAGGGAGAUUUCGAAGGUCUUAAGAACUUGGAUUCCUUAGGUUUGGCCCACAACAAACUCCGAACUGUCCCUUCUAGAGUCUUCUCCCAUCUCACGCUUCUGAAUUCUUUAGAAAUCGAUGGUAACAAUAUAGAUACCAUCGAUACAGAUGCCUUUGCUGGUUUAGAAGAAAACCUGCAAUAUCUCAGACUGGGAGAUAAUAAUAUUCAUACCAUACCAACGGAGGCACUUAAGCCGCUGCACCGGCUACGCCAUCUGGAUCUGAGAGCUAACAAUAUUUCAUUUAUUGCCGAGGAUGCUUUUGCCGGUUUCGGAGAUUCCAUUACUUUCCUUAAUUUGCAAAAAAAUGACAUAAAAUCCUUAAGUGGGAUGAUCUUUGAAAAUCUCAAUUCUUUGGAGACGUUGAAUUUGCAGAAUAAUAAAUUAAUGCAUGUCCCUGAAGAUGUAAUGGAACCGAUUUUGGAUACGUUGCGAGUUGUGGAUUUAAUGGAUAAUCCUCUUUUAUGCGAUUGUGAGCUUCAAUGGUAUAAAAAUUGGCUACGCAAUCUUAAAGACAAAGACGACGAGAUGAUGCAAAAAAAGCGAACCGUCUGUACCAUGCAGCACGAACACCGGGAGUAUAGUCUACAAAGUUUGCCUCUGGAUAAGAUGAAAUGCAAAAUUAAAUCUUACGAAAAUUCAGCUUAUAGUAGCGCCGAUACGCAAUUAGCUGUAUCAAAGGCUCCUCUAGUUCUUAGCUUAAUUGUCUUAGCUAGAGUUUUACUCGUGUCUAGUUAAAAAAAUGUAAUAUGAUAUUUGAUGUAAAAGAUUAGAUAUUUAGAAACUUUUUGAAUAGCAAAAGAGAACUUUGGAUGGUAAAAAGUAUUCGAAUAUGAUAGGUUUCAUAUAUUUCUUCGAAAUUAAAAAAAAUUAUCAAGAAACUUUGGCAGUUGUAAUUCAAUAUUUUAAUAUUAAUUAAAUAAAAGUAUCAUAUUUGAAUAAGAAUUUAUCACACAAAGUUUGAAUAUUUAAAACGUUACAAAGAAGUAAUAGAAUAUAGUUCAGAAUUUAAAUAUUUAAAGAAAAAAAACAUAUUUCUAUUUUAAAUUUGCAAUAUUUUGCAAAAUCAAGCACUAGAGCAUGUAAUUGCUUAAUAGAUAUACCUAAAUAAAUUAUGCUUAUUCGCGUUUUAGAAAAAUCUGUUUAAUGUGUAGUCUUAUUCAGAAAUAUUUAAAAACAUGUUUAAAAUAUUUAGCAAAAUGCUAAUAAUGUAGGAAGUUGCAUUCAAAAAUAAUAUAAUAAUAAAUAUGCAUUAAACAUAAAUAAAUAUUCUCUCGAAAAUUAACUCUCUAAUAUUUGCUAUCUAUAUAAAUAAAAUUUCAAUUUUCACUCUAUUAUUGUAUCUAAUUUUUUAAAUAUGUUUUUGAAUAUUUUUCUUUAAUAUCAAGUUUUUAAUGUAAGCAUGCAUUUUUAAAUAAUUCCAUCGCAAGUGAUUGUGUCUCUCAAUGAAAGUUUGAUAUUAAAUGUUUAGUCUUUAGAGUCUUUUAAAAACAUAUUAUCUCUUGUUCUCAAUAAUAUAUCUUGAUGUCUAGACAUGUAAGCGUAGUUAAAAGUUUAUUUUUUAUAUUAUUAUAUUAUUUGUUAAAUAACCAUUCGUUUAAAAAAAUCGCAUCCAAACUAAAGAUAUAGGUAUGUUCUUAAAAUAUUUGGAUUAGGCCUAUACAUAUCAAUAUGGGUAAAAAACACUACACUAAGUCAUAUCAGCAUAUGUGCCACCUUAAGAAAAUUUCCAAAGAUUUUGUUGGAUAAAAAGUUUUUGGAAAUAAGACGGGAGCAAAAUACAUAGCGCAAACGUUAGGUUAGUGAAAAAAUAUUUAACAAAAAAACUUGUGAGCUUCGAUAAGUCAUAUCGUUAUAUUGUAAGGAAAUUUUUGAAAUCGUAAUAUUAGUAAUUUUAAGAUACUUGAUCACAAAAAAAUAUUACCCAGUGCAAAUUUUUGCUCUACAUGUACCUUAAAAAAUAUAGAUCAGCAUAGAUUUAGGAAUCAUUUUUCAAUAAAUUCAAACUUACCAUUUCAAAUUUAAAGAUUCGUCAAAACUCAAAAGCAAUAUCUAUUUACAAAAAAUAUUAUUCUGAUCAAGCUAUUUUACAUAAAUACAUAUCAUUAAAAUAUACUAUUUACAUUAUAGACUAUCUGUGGUAAAAUAAAACAUAUCUUUUAGGCAUAAUAAUAUGUGGUGAAAAUUAUUUAAUGCAGUUUAGGCGGCCAUUUAAAAACAAAAAUGGCGACAGCCAAGACCACUUCGAGACAUAUCCGGGACGGGAAACCAAAAAAUGUUGCGUUGAGAUGUUUAAAGCUCAAGAGAAAAAUAUUUUUCUAAAUUUUCUAUUAGCAAAAAAAAGGUCGUUAUCGGCAUGUCAACGCAACUGUGGCACCUCGUACCCUCCCCAAAGUUUUCUACUAACUUUUACUUGUCUAUAAUAUUUAACCACACACACUUUCAUCUAUUGAUAUUUAUAGUUAGGAAAAUGGCUGUUGUGUAAUGUGUGUCAUUAUAUAUUUAUCCAGAUAAAUUAUCUAUAUAUUUGUUUCUGAAAUGUAAUAUCUCUAUUCUAUCCAUAAAUGUCAAGUCUAAAUAAAGAGCCCUAUGCUGACACUGACACUAUUUGUUUUAUUCACCUAAC